AUGGACUUCAUUCAACAUCCAUCAUAUUCUGAACAAAUGCAUGAUAUUGCGUUGAUCUUAUGGAAAUUAACAAUGGAAAAUAUGAAUAAGCUUUUGAAACGACUUGAACUACAAUGCAUUUCUUUUGAACGUUUACAAACAUCUGGACGUAUUAAUUUGAUUUUUAAUUUAAAAGCUCACACGAAAACUUCUUCAUAUAUUGAAUUCAUACUAAAAGUAUCAAAUCCUCAUUGUUAUUGGAAAAAACAUCGUAUUAAAAAUGAAGUUAAUAUAAUGCAAUACUUACUUGAACAUACGACAAUUCCUUUACCGAAAAUAUUCGAUUAUUCUGUUGAUUUUAAAACAAUGUCUGAUCAAAUUUUGGUUAAAACAGCUAUUGAAAUGUCUGAUUAUGUUAAACAGUUGCGUCAAAUAAAACUACCACAAACGAAUAAAAUUGGUUCCUUUUGUAGUAGAGAAAUGUUUCUUGGUGGAUCUAUUGAAGAUGGUCCUACACUAGGACCAUUUCUUACUUUAAAAGAGUAUAUAAUUGAACAUUUACGAUGGGUAAUACGACGAAUUCAAACAGAUGAACAAUUAUUUGAAAUUGGAGAACACUUAAUACUAUCAUUAUGA